AUGCAUGGACCUAAGCGAAUAUUCCAAGGCAAAGAAUUCUCAACAUAUUUCUGGAUACUCAUGAUGCUAGCGUCCGGAAUCCUUCUUAUCUAUCAAGUUGCUACUUUGCUAACUAUGUACUUCAGUAAUCCCAUCGUUUCACAGGUCUCCUUUCUAAUCAGCGAGAAUGGAAUGGACUUUCCAAUGAUAACUAUGUGUAAUUUCAAUCCAGUAAAGAAGUCUUACAUUAAAGAACUGAACAAAACAGGCGAAUUCUCAGAUCAUCUACUCGACUACCUCAUGGAAUCUCUAAUGGAUACGGAAGCAUUCUACGGUAAUGCCGAUCGAGCAGAAUUACAUGUGGGAGAUCGCGCUCUGCAAGUCUACCAAAAACAAUACCCAAACUUCACAUUUGAAGGAUUUUUCGACGAUGCUGGGUAG